AAGGCGCAAAAGUGAGUUUUGAAAGAAACUAGCACUUAAAGAAGACAACGCCAUACCAAACCAUGAUAUAACCAUUACAAGGUUUCCCUAAAUCGUGAAUUCAUUUUAGAAGAUCAAAUUGAAAGAUUAACAGUAGUCCAAUGUAUUAAAACAUUGACUGAAAAAACAAAACAAAACAAAACAAUAAAAUAAAAUUAUAGUCCUUAAAAAACUUAUUAACAAUAAUGCACAUUAAAACUCUACAACAUGCACACGCAGCCGCUGCGCAACUCUCCAAUUGUGAGAUCGUUAUUGUAUCGCCAACAGCAAAUAAUGUCAACACAAAUGGCAAUAAUAAUAAUACAGCUAGUAGCAACGAAAACACAACUGGAGCGCAUCAGCAGCAGCAGCAACAACAACAGCAACAACAACAACAGCAGCAGCAACAACAACAACAGCAACCGCCAACUACAACUGAAAUAGCACUACCAUUCAAUAUGCAUCUCACUACUGUAAAUGCUGAAACACACGCAGCAGCACAGGCUGCUGCAAUGGCUGCAGCACAGGCGGCAGCAGCACAAGCAGCAGCUGCUGAACAACAACAGCAGGGAAAUGGAGUAACAGUUACGCAUCAUGCUAUUUUUCAACAGCAUUCACUGGCACAUCUUGUGGCAACAGCAGCAAAUAGUCCUGCAAUUUCAGAACAGCAAGUAAGCGGGCAUGAUACUCCGGUUUCGAAUGGACACAAUGGCACUGGUACAUCACAUGAGAAGCCCUUUCAGUGUAAUGUAUGCGAACGAAGAUUUCGACAACUAAGUACCUUAACCAAUCAUGUUAAGAUACAUACAGGUGAAAAGCCCUAUAAAUGCAAUAUAUGUGAAAAGACAUUUCGUCAAUCGUCCACACUAACUAAUCAUUUAAAAAUUCACACGGGCGAGAAACCGUUUACAUGCACAUAUUGUCCAAAAAAUUUUCGGCAAUUAAGUACCCUGACGAAUCAUCUCAAGAUACACACAGGUGAAAAACCUUUUGAAUGUGCGGUAUGCAAAAAACAAUUUCGACAGUCUAGCACACUUAACAAUCAUAUAAAGAUUCAUGUUAUGGAUAAGGUUUAUGUACCCGUUAAAAUUAAAACUGAGGAAGAAGAGGGAUGACUAGAGGAUAUGGUGAUUG